CUGAACAUUCAGAUACGCUCAGAAAGACUGAUGAAAGAAAUGUCCUCAAUUGGGAACAAGCUGAAUUAGGGAAGCUGAGACUGCCAAUAAGCUUCACUCACAAAAUGAUUUCACCUGAUCUCAAAGUCCUGUUUCAAUCAGUAGAAUCAGCUUUUUGUGUACCAGAAGAUACGGAACAAUUGUCGUUUGCAGCAAAUUUGCUGAAAGCUGUGCAUUCGGAAAAAAUUGCGUCUGAAAUAAAACUGCUAUCAGAUAGACUGGAGGUCCUUGAUUGCUCUAAGGUUUUUGGAAAUGAAGAUCCCGGAACUGUUUGUGCACUUGACGUUGACGUUGUCUUUAACAAGGAUCACCUUGGAGUUGUGAAAAUGGACCCUAUCCAAUGGAAUAAUACAUCUCUCUUUAAAAACGAAAGAAUUCUGAAAGUAAUAUUAGUACACAGCAGAUCCCUGCGAAUUGUUGAAACAAAACUUCGAGUUUACAAGGAAUAUGAAAUGCUGUUUCGCUCAAAAACACUACACUUGCAGCACAUCCAUGAGGAUUUUGAUGAAAUCGCAAAAAAGAGUGCAAAUGCAAAAGUAUCCUUAUUUCAAAGAACCAUACUUCAUUUAGUAGAGAGCAUUCCUUCUAAAAAUCUUGCCGAAAUUGUUUUGAAAGCUGUCAUUGAUUCUUUGAUACAAACUAACAUCAGAAAAGUUUGUGACAAUGAAUUUAUCAAAGACGGAGGAGAAACAGUUGGAACAGUUUACAGUAACAGCUACAAAUGUCGAUUAUUGUCAACUGUUAGACGUAUAAAACAGAUGUUAGUGGAAAAUACAUUGCGUACAAUUUGUAAAUCGUUGGGACUUGAAAUAGGCAAAGAAAUUAUGUGUCAUAUUGAAUAUGAAAUGAAUCCAAUGUACUCUUUCAUAUAUGAAGACCAAAAACCAGGAAUUCUCGAUACACUUAUUGAAACAAUCACUGUUGAAACGACGCCUUUCCUUAUCUCAAUUUGUAAUCCAAUCUUUUUUGCCUAUGGUUCAAUUAUUGGGACAUUUGUCUUCUCCGUUGAUGUUAACUCAUUAUUUUGGAGGAGAAAAGUUGCAGAUGAAAUUUAUAUAAUGAUUUCUAAACACUUUAAAAAUAUCGUCAAAAAAACAUUGCUCUUGGUUGAAAGUUUAUGCAAAAACACAACUGAAGACCUCAAAAACAUAGAUAGAAGUCUCGGAAAAUGGAAAGAAAAAAUUGAAUGUAUGGACAUAAUUGAACUGGUGUCCAUAUGGGAGAAACGGGAAGCUAUGAAAAACAUAAGUGGACUUGGCAGCCAAAAAUCAAUUCUGAAUCUUAUUGCUGGUAUAAAGAAUGAAAAACCAACAUUAAAGGUUUUCCUCAGUAUUGACGACCAAGACGCAAUAGGAUUCAUCAAGGAUCAUCCAGAAAUUCCUAAAGAAACAAAUGUUGAAUUUGUCGUUGUCAAAUUGUACAAAGAACAAAAAGAUCAGGCCAAAACGAAGAACUAUCCUAUUGAUAAGAACGUGCGGGAAGUGCUAGGUAAAACAAUAAAAAACCAAGGAGAAAGAAUAUAUGCAAAACAUUCAAGCGUGGUUGGACUUGGAAUAGGAAAUAUGGAUUGUAAUGGUCAGAUAACGCCCUGCAUUAUCAUUUACUGCCUAGACAAAGAUUUGGUACCGUUUGGAGAAGAACCGCUUCCAAAAACCUUAAACGAUUUUUAUUGCGAUAUUCGAGAAGAUUUCAUAAUGUUCGGAGCUUGCUUUGACUGUCACGAAAUUGCUCAUCCGAAUCCUGGUUGUUGCAUUGGGUUACCGUCCAAUGGUAUUGGUUCCGCUGGGUUUUUAGCAAAGACAAACGAAUCGGGUUUGGAAACCUCGGGAUUUCUAACAGCAGCUCAUGUAGCUGCAGAAAAUUGGACUGAUUUAUAUUACAACAAAGUCCUUUUAUCAGAGUUGGAGAUUGAUCAGUAUAAUUAUGAAAUUGUUCAUUGUCCACUUUUACCAAAUGAUAACAGUUCGCAAAUUAUCGGAAAAGUCAGAGAAUCUUAUUGUGGAAAUUGGGGACCAGAAGACAUCGGGAUUGACGCGGCCUUUGUCCAGAACUAUGAUCAAGAUAAAGCAGCAUAUAGGGAGCUUCAACCUGCAGAUGAAAGCGAAUUAGAUUAUGGCGACCAACUGAUAGUCUUAAAAAGAGGCGGAACAACUGGAAAAACAUUUGGUCGUUUACUCGAUGGAUCCCAUUCUCCUUGCGUAAAUCCACGCUUGGACGAUGUUUCAUGGAGAUUGGGUGGGUUCUAUUUUUUUGAUAGAUGCUUUGCAGUUGAAGAUAUUAGUGGACCAUUUUUCAAUCUUGGCGAUUCUGGCUCCGGAGUAUUCCUUACAGAAAAUGAAAAUCCAACUAAACCCUUAGGGAUAGCAUUUGCUAAACUUGAUUACGAGCCAAUAACAUUUGUCUGUAGAAUUGACCAAGUUGCGAAGGCCUUCAAAUUACGUUUAUAUGAAACUGUCGAGACCAUGGAAAUUUAAUUGCAAAUUAAAAAUUAAUGUCCAGUUCAUGUUAGCAUUUUCAAUGGUUUGUAAAAUGUCUAUAUUGAUUUAAAAUGUACCUGCAUUAUUUUGUAUCAUUUUUUUUCCAUAUUUGCGAAUUUUAUAUUCAUACUACUUCUCAAGCAAAAGAAGUCUGAAAAAUUGCAUGUGAAAAGAAUGACUCGCUGUGGUUCAGGUAUAUCGAUGUAUUAUCGUAUUAUCAUUGAACAAUUGUUACUUUCAAAUUUACGUCGCCUCGAUAUAUCCCAGUAAACUUGACAUUAAAGAUA